AUGACAAAUCAGUUUUGGAUACACUCGUAUCGUCUUAGGGGCCGGAGUUUUUGUGAUAUUCCUAUGCGAAGUAAUGUAACUUGGACGUGGAGGAAGUUGUUAAGUCUUCGGCCUAUGGUCCAGCAGCAUCUUUGGAUAAAGAUUGGUGAUGGUAAACUAGCUUCGAUGUGGUUUGAUAAAUGGGAUGCCAUUUUCCCUUUGAGCUCGUUCAUCACUCCGAGAGCUAUUGCAAAUGCGGGAUUCACGCUUAAUGCGAAGGUGGCAGAUGUAUUUCGACAUGGAGAGUGGGAAUGGUCUGAUCAAUGGCUUACCCGAUACCCUAUACUUCAUAACAUGCAGCAUAUCAAUCUUUGGCCUAUGAACGAUAGGGUCGUUUGGCAAUCUUCAGCUGGAAAGGAGUUGGUUUAUAGUACAUUCAAUGUUUGGGAUGAUAUUCGGGUCACGCAGAAUGAAGUACAAUGGGCGGCUUUGGUUUGGUUUCCGCAAGCUAUUCCGCGCCAUUCGUUUUUCAUAUGGCUUUUGAUUAACAAGAAAUUGAAGACUCAGGAUGUUAUGGCUACGUGGAGUGCGUCAGGCAAUAUGAACUUCAAUUUGAUGUGUUGUUCUCUGUGUUCGGUGGGGCCGGGUUCUCAUGAGCAUCUCUUCUUUGAAUGCUCGUAUGGUUCUCAGGUGUGGAAUGGAAUUAAAGAUAUGGCGGGGUUAACUUCGGUCGUCAACUCGUGGGAUAUGAUCUUCGGUCAUCUGGUGCAAGUCGCAAACUCUAUGAACGCAAGGCAUGUGAUUAGCAAGUUGGUUGUCAGUGUGCCAGGGUAUUUUGUCUGGUAG